AUGGCCACCACCACCCAGCCCCGAACAGCUCCUCGAGCCAUGGACGAGUCGACAGCGUCCACCGCCCCCCCAGUGAGGUCGGGCUCCACCCUUUCGGCGGAGGAUUCCAGUGGCUCGUCCGGUAGGUUGACACGGCAACAAGGCGGAUUGGUGAUGUGCGAGGGAGAUGCUGAUAGUGAAACUCCGCCAGAGGACCGCGUGCGCAAGUUCCAAAAGACGACGGAGAAUGGCAGCCGCCUGCGCAAGACGAGCGCCUCAAACGCCAUAAACGCUUCACGGCCGCCACCGCCAGCACUACGUGGUGGGCGGAACAAGGUGCCACUGGGCCCACGCGAGAGGCCCCAAGACUUUUCCAAGCAGAGUAGAAUCGUGAGUGGAACCAGCGCGGCUUCGAUCGAGGGUCGCUCCUUCCUACCCACGGCCACAAAUGAGGCCACGACGCGCCCAGUGCCUGCAAACCCACCCUUCAGCUUUUCCAAGCAACCCGAGCUCGCCUCUCCAGACUACCCCGAGAGCACCACCAGUUCGCUUGACUUUCUCCCCUCGGUCAACUUUGACGACUUCGCCAACAGCCUCGCCUAUGAGCCCGACCUGAGUGACUUUCCAGCGCCGGGCACCUUCAAGAGCAACACCGAGAACAGUAACAACAACACUACCAAUACCACGACGAACACCACUAGCACCACCACCAGAAAUCACAACAGCCUCCUGCCUGCAAGCAACAGCACCCCCAACAUGGCGCCCUUCCCCAGCGCCCCAACAGAAACACGUCCAGCACGCAGCAGCUCUUUCGCGCGCCGCUUCAGCCAGUCAAACAGCCGCAAGUCCAUGGGCGCCACCGUCUCGGGCAACAGCAAUACCUUUGCCACCGACGGCUCGUCAAUGCCACCACCGCCCUCCAACAUGGCCAUCCGCACACGGCGACAGAGCCAAUUCCCUGCCCAGGCCCCGCCGCAUGCCGCUGCACGUGCACCACGAAAGAGCGUUGGCCCUGGAAUCAUGCCAACAAGCAGCUUCGAGAGCCGACACGACACAUCCAGGCUAGCUGCUGACAACGUGUCAUCGCAAAACGCCUGUUCGCCCUCGCUGAAUAAAGGGAGCCGCCGCGAGACGCUCUCUUCAGGCAUUACCUCUACAACCGCCGUACCCAGACUGCCAAAUGCAGCGCGGACAGCAAAAGCAAAGUCAUUCCAGCCACCCUCGAGACUGCAGUCUGGGCACCUGGCUGUGGCAUCCAUGACACCAGAUCCAAACGGUAUGCCUAUGAAUCAUAACCGUUCGGCAGGAAGAUCGCCUGCACAGCGAACCCUAACCCCAUCGUCGACUUCGAGCAAGCGGCAGUCAACCGCACCCCACAUCUCCGGCCUAGGAGCAAGAACCAUCAGUCCAACCGAUGCUCGGCGGCUGAGACGACUGUCUAUGAAUCCCAAUCCGUCCGGUGGUCCCGUUGGCCCUCCCACUCCCCAGGGUGAUCAUACCUUUGAGGACCAGAUCUUCAACCAGUCGCCUGCCGUCACCUACACAAAGAGCAUGACGCCGUCCUCUGCUCGUGCUACACCCGAACAAAAUCGCAAAUCGUAUGCAUCUGGCGUCUCCCUAUCAUCAAACUCUAGCCUCAAUUCACUCAAAAUGAACAACCCUUCCAUGCCUCUGCGACCGAUUCCCACUCUUGCAAGCUCGCGACUACCGACACCCAAGUCAAGAAACGUACAUAGUUCAGCAGGAGGAGAGGAUGGUGAAGAGGUGCCUCCUGUUCCAGCCAUUCCAAAAGCCUAUGAAUCGCCAAAGGAUCCUGAGCGCAGCAGCUUUGCUUUUGGGGCGCAUACUGCACAGCCCAACAUGUCCGCUCAACCCUCACAGGGAUCGUCGACUGCAGCCAACGCCCCCGUAUCUGGCCUUCGCCGUGAUGAUGCUCAGAGCGGAAGUCCCGGACUGAAGAGCUCGACUGGGUCCGUUCGGCACCGUAGGGGGCUAACAGUCGGAUCUGGCUCGGAGCCUGACAGACAACCUGCUGCGCAACAGUCGACCAAGAAGAACUUGCAACCAAUUCGAUUGCCGCCAUUGAAUUUGCUACCACUGGGAACGCCCACGAACAAUAGGAUCUCGUCAUUUCCACCUCCAUCUGCCGAGGUCAACAAUCGCAAUGUUACACCUCCUCCAAAGCGUGCAGCCAAGACACCCAGCACACCUAUGACAGCAUCCAAGGCGAGCUUCUUUUCUAAUCGCAAUCAGCAGGAUCAGACCGAGUACAACAAGCAACUUCGCAGUAGCAGCUCUGCGAUCAACCUCCGCGCACCCGAGACACCCGUUGAACCAGUACCCAAAAUAGGUACCAUGCCCAUUCCUACCUUGAAUCCUACGCGCCAAGCAACCACGCCGUUUUCUUCCAAUUCACUGCCCAAGGGUAGUGGUGAGUUCAGCCGUCUGCAGGCCCGACCAAGCGGUGAAUAUAGGCCCAACAGAGAUUUCGAGCUUCAAAGUAUGGUUGCAGGGCCAAGACCUCUACAGAAGAAAGACACCUCAGACUCUGCACACACCUCGACUGAACCUGAGCCUGAAACACCAACAUCGGGUUCCUCGCUGCGGCGCAAGCUUAGUCUAAGCGGCUGGCGACGAGCAUCUUCUAAAGCUGCAUCGCAUUCUGCACAGCCGCAAUCAUCCCGAAAGCCGUCCCAAAAGGCUCCUGAUUCUUCUUUGCAGGCUCCAAGAAUUGGUGAUAUGCCACCACCGCGGCUACCCGCUUCUGCAACAUGGAGCGGUGCCAUUGGUACAAGUCCCACGCUGAACACGAACACAAGCACGAGUACAGGUACAAGCCGGUCACGCCCGUCGCUUGAUUUUGGACGUCGGAAAGCAUCUACAGCGACAGUUGCUAGUGACACCGAGCUUGAGAAACCUAGCCGCAAGCCUGCAUCAAACACGGCUACACGUACACUAUCUGGACUUCUUGAUCCACCAGCGCCCAAGACCAGUUCAUCAAUCUCGAAUUCAAUGCAGCGCAUGCUUGGUUCGAAGAGCUCUUCGAACAUGUUAAAGGCUCGCAACCUUGAAAGUAAUCUGGACCGAGAGGACCUGGCAGCUGACGAGGAAAUGCGGAAACUUGCGUCUAAGAGAAAAGACUUUGAGAAUGCUGCGCGAGAUGUGGAUGAGCUACGCAAGCGCGCCAAGCCCCAGGAGCGUGUCAGCCCAUCGCAAGCGUUGCAAAUGGUCAACCUGAACAUUUUUGAAAGAGGCGAGAUUAUCGAUUACAAGGAUAUCUACUUCUGCGGGACGAAGAAUGCAAAGAAACACGUCGGCGAUCUGGGUGCAUCAACAGCCAACUUCGGAUAUGAUGAUGAAAGAGGCGAUUACAACAUCGUGCUGGGUGAUCACCUUGCCUAUCGUUAUGAAGUCGUGGAUGUCUUGGGUAAGGGUAGCUUCGGUCAGGUUGUGCGCUGCGUAGAUCACAAGACUGGCGGACUGGAAGCCAUUAAGAUUAUCCGAAACAAGAAGCGAUUUCAUCAACAAGCUCUGGUCGAGGACCCUGAUAAUAAGCACAGUAUGAUCAAUUUCACGCAGAGCUUCUAUUUCCGCGGCCAUUUGUGCAUCUCUACGGAAUUGCUGGGAAUGAACCUGUACGAGUUCAUCAAGGCGCACGAGUUCAAGGGCUUCUCACUCCGUCUCAUUCGGCGUUUCUGCAAGCAGAUGUUGGCUUCACUGAUUCUCCUCAAGACCAAAAAGGUCAUUCACUGCGAUUUGAAGCCAGAAAACAUCCUGCUCGCCCACCCACUCCACUCGGAGAUCAAGGUCAUUGACUUCGGAUCAAGUUGUUUCGAGUCAGAAAAGGUGUACACAUAUAUCCAGUCGCGAUUCUACCGCUCUCCAGAGGUCAUUCUUGGUAUGAGCUACGGCCUUCCAAUCGACAUGUGGAGCUUGGGCUGCAUCCUCGCAGAGCUUCUCACAGGAUAUCCCAUAUUCCCAGGAGAGAACGAGCAAGAACAGCUAGCGUGCAUCAUGGAGAUCUUCGGGCCUCCCGAGAAGCAUUUGAUUGAAAAGAGCAGCAGGAAGAAGCUCUUCUUUGAUUCACUUGGCAAGCCAAGAGUCACGGUCUCUACGAAAGGCCGCCGACGUCGACCGAGCUCCAAGACUUUGCAACAAGCGCUUAAGUGUGACGACGAGGCGUUCCUCGACUUCAUCGCAAGAUGCCUGCGAUGGGACCCAGAUCGCCGCAUGAAGCCAGACGAGGCAAUGCAGCACGAGUUCAUCACUGGAGUGAGAAGGAACACGCGUCAAACCCAACGUCCGAAUGGCCCGUCAGGCGUGUCCUCUCCCGCAAAGCGGUUCGCACCUUCACAGACGCCACAAACACGUGCUCGUCCACUUCCCGAGCCGCCAGCCACGAGCUUCAAGAACGGCACGGCCGUCACCGGGCACCGCAACAUCUCGAACAGCGCAUCGCCUAACAAGCCGGACGCGCCUCCGAGACGCCACUCGACAGUGCAAGGUAUACAGGGCGGAACAUCGGGAACUAAGCGGGCAGCCAACGGAGCCCCACUGAAUCCUUCGACAGGUAGUGGCCUCCCGCGAGCAGCGCAGCGUAGCGUGUCAGGUAAGCCUGAUCUCGCUUCUGCAGCUGCUAUAGCGAGCCUUAAAACGCGAUAG